AAUAUUACCGACAAUUACUUUAAAUAGUUUCAUUUAUUAAAAACAAGUAGAUAAUUAUGCGGUUUUUAAUUUUAUUUUUCUUCAAACUAUUUGCACUAAUACGCGAAAAUGUCGUUGUGGUAACAUCUAGGCAACCUACAACUGUUUGCGAUACUCGGGAGGCUUAUUUUGAUCAUCCAGAAACAAAUAAGAAUUGUCGAAUUGACAAAGACCUUAAUGUUUCAGUAAGUGAAAUAGCCAGGAACCAUGGUUUUAUUCUGGAAAAACACACAGUAGAAACAGACGACCUGUACCAAUUAAGCACCUAUAGAUUAAAGAAAAUAGACAAAGAUUAUGGAAACAAAACUAUUUUUCUUCAACAUGGUUUGAUGGCAGAUUUUACUAGUUUUAUAAUUAAUGGCAACAAUUCUAUAGCUUUCUUUUUUGGAAAUCUUGACUAUGAUGUAUGGCUAGGAAACUACAGAGAUACUGAGUAUUGCGGUCACAAGUACUUGAAACGAUCUGAUCCAAAAUAUUGGGAAUUUAGUUUUGAUGAAAACGGUUUUUAUGAUCUAUCAGCUAACUUCAAAUAUAUCUACCAGAAAGUUAACAAGAAAAUAAUCUAUAUUGGACACUCUAUGGGAGGCACAGGCAUGGGCGUAUACGCAUCAUCAAAAAACAAAGAGGCGCAACAAUUCAUAGAACAAGCCAUUGUAGUAUGCCCUAUUUUUCAUAUCAAGCAUAGAAAACUAUCCCUCUUUUCAGAGCUAUCUCCAUUUACGAUGUUGGGAGUGGAACUGUCAAAAUUAGCUAAUUAUCGAGUACUAGUGCCAGAAGAUAGUGUGCCAUACCGUUUUAUCACUGAUUUUUGUAUGUCUUCACUAAACAUUUUGAGAUUGUGCCUAUUGAUGUCUGGCAUAGGAUCUGGACCCAUAAAAUUCGAUGCAGAUAGAAUCCCUUUUGUUCUAAAAGCGUUAAAGAAUGGUAAUUACAAAUCCAUAACGCAAUAUGUUCAGUAUGGACGUUCAGGAGAAUUCCGAAAAUUUGAUCACGGCAAAAAGAAAAAUAUGGCUCUCUAUAAUUCAACUGUUCCACCACCAUAUAACCUGUCUAAUAUACUGAUUCCUAUGACGCUAAUAUAUGGUCAAACAGAUAAUAUGGCUAACAAAGAGGAUGUUAUAUACGACUACAACAAUUUUAAGAAGGAUAAUUGGGAAAUCUAUGGUAUUCCAUACAAUCAUAUUGAUCUCCUGGUUAGUAGGAACGUUGUUGACCAGUUUUACCCUUUGCUGUUGAACUCUGUCAAAAGGAUAUGAGAAAAAUGAUAAUAUUCAUUUUUAUUAAUAUAAAUAUUAUGUAAAAAACCUGUUAAAAAUGGAUUUUAAAUUGUAACCUUACAAUAGAGAAUUAUAAACUUUUACUA